AUGCCGCUGAGGAGUUCUUUGAAUAUGAUGCUGAGGAGUUUCUGGUGUUCCUGACACUUUUGAUCACAGAAGGACGGACUCCAGAAUGCUCAGUAAAGGGGCGGACGGAGGGCGUUCACUGCCCCCCGGCUCAGUCAGCUAUGCCGGUCCUCACCAAACAUGAAUGCAGUGACAAAAUACCACAGUGUCGUCAGGCAAGGAGAACAAGAUCAGAAGUCAUGCUUCUGUGGCGCAAUCACAUCCCUAUAAUGAUCGAGGUGAUGCUGCUUCCUGAUUGUUGCUAUAGUGAUGAAGGCCCAACCACAGACUGCACAGACCUAAAUGACCCAGCAAUAAAGCAAGAUGCACUCUUACUAGAAAGAUGGACUUUACAGCCAGUUCCCAGACAGAGUGGAGAUCGAUUCAUAGAAGAGAAGACCUUGCUGUUGGCGGUGCGCUCCUAUGUGUUUUUCUCCCAGCUCAGUGCGUGGCUCAGUGCCUCUCACGGAAUUGUCCCAAGAAACAUCCUUUACAGAAUAAGUGCAGCUGAUGAAGAACUGAUAUGGAACUUCUCACAAACACCCUCUGAACAUGCUUUCCCUGUUCCAAAUGUGUCACAUAGUGUCGCGCUGAAAGUGCGGGUUCAGUCUUUGCCUCGCCAGCCUAGAUACCCUGUACUCAAAUGUAGCAUCCACUCAGGUCUAGCUUUUUUGGGUAAGAGAGCACUAGAGCAUGGCGAGGGUGGCAACCAAGCAGGAGACAACCGCAGUUCCCUUCGUCUGCCAAGAUCUCCACUUUUCUCCAGGUCUUUACACCCUUCUCCACCUUCCCACAGCCCUCUUAACACCCGUAAGUGUCCCCCUCGUCCCGAGUCCCCUCUUCCACCAGGCAAAGCUGUCAAAUGGCUGUACUCUCGGCUAAAUGGCGGUAUAGACACCCCGCCUUCAGAACCAUAUAGCUUGUGUACUAAUGGGGCAGAGAGCCCAAAGACUUCAAGAACCGAAUCACCAAUUCGUGGUUUUAAAUCACUCUCAAUCACAGACCCAUUAGUGAUCCCAAGCCCCAGCUCCAUCUCAGGUGAAACCAACCCCCUUAUUGGCUCCUUGCUUCAGGAAAGACAGGAAGUCAUUGCUCGAAUUGCUCAGCGACUUAAUUUCUGCGACCCUACAGCUCCCCAUCUCCCUGAUGCUCUCUUCACUUCUCAAGAACCCCCAGGACACAAAACCACCUGGAACUCGACACAGGAUAAGGAGUGUUUAAAGAAAUCCAAAGAUUCCCUCUUCUCAGUCCCUCAUCCUCAAAAUCACAACGGAAACAGUCUAGAAAUCCCUGAGAGGAGCAGGUCUUCUCUCUUCGACACCCCCUUGAGCCCUAGAACCAGAACUCGGCUGGAUAGAGUUGACCGUGAAUCAAAAACUUCCCCAAAACCCGCAACAUGUAGGCGCUUGGUACUUAGUGACCAGUCUGCAGAGGGUUCUCUAAUUGCAGAUGCAGUUCAGGACAUCUCCAGGUUGAUUCAGGAGCGACUGCAACAUUCUUACAGUCUCCUGAAUGGCACCUAUAAAUUAAAGACUUCUCAGAAUGAGCAGGUUGGCUCAAAUCAUGGAGCCCAAACAAAUGGCUUUGUAUCACUGUCAAGCCAUAAGAAGCCUACAAAUGCACCCAAUGGUGAGGAAAGCACAGAUCCUCAUAUUUCUCAUGCAACAAAAUGUUGCAGAUCUCCUGACUCUAGUCGUAGAAAGCCAGACUGUUCCCCUAGACCACUAAAAGUGGCCAGUUUAAAACUUGAAGACCACAGCGUCACAAAAUCACAGCCUUUAACUGCAAGUAAUCACCAACACUAUGUCAGUAGAGAGUCCUGGACCUCCUUGAAAAACAACUCUAGCCAUGCAAGUUCUCCUCAGGAGAAUGGACUGACCCAAAUUGGAUACCAUCAGCCCUUCAAGAACCGAGUGGCAAUCAGUGAAAAAGAAGCAGAAAAACACGUCCGGGACGGGUCCACUUGUCUUGAGAAAGAUGAGAACCAAGAACCCCAUUCAUCCCUUUCUAGCACACCAGCCAACCUUACUUGCAACAUCUCCAGUCUUGCCCCCACAGAGAGCAAUCAAACAUCAUGCGGUAACUGGAAGAAACAGACUCGUCACUCCAUAGAUGGCACCGCAACAAAAGCCUUCCACCCCUGCACAGGCCUACCUCUCCUCUCCAGUCCUGUUCCUCAAAGAAAAAGCCAGACAGGAUAUUUUGAUUUAGACACGUCUCUGAUUCAUUGCAGAGGUGUACCAUGGGCUGCCAAUAGGAGGGUUUUGAAAAGAUCACAAGACUAUGAUGAGUCUCAGCAUCAGAUUCUCAGUGCCAGCGCUCCACCCGCCAACCUCAGCCUUUUGGGUAACUUUGAGGAGUGUGUUCUGAAUUACCGUCUGGAGCCGCUGGGCACUGUUGAGGGUUUUACAGCAGAAGUGGGCGCCAGCGGGACCUUCUGCCCUAGUCACAUGACCUUACCUGUGGACGUGUCAUUCUACAGUGUCUCUGACGAUAACGCACCUUCCCCAUACAUGGGUGUCAUAAACUUGGAGUCACUCGGUAAAAGGGGAUAUCGAGUACCUCCUUCAGGAACCAUUCAAGUGACCUUAUUUAACCCCAAUAAGACGGUGGUGAAGAUGUUUGUGGUGAUGUACGAUCUGAGAGAUAUGCCUGCCAGCCAUCAGACAUUCCUGCGGCAGAGAACCUUUUCAGUCCCAGUCAAACGGGAGUUCAACGGACUGAGCAACAAAAAGACGUCCUCACUGGGGCAAGGACGAACCCUCCGCUACCUCGUCCAUCUGAGGUUCCAGAGUUCCAAAUCUGGAAAGAUCUACCUCCAUCGGGACAUCCGGCUCCUUUUUUCCCGUAAAUCCAUGGAAGUGGACAGUGGUGCUGCCUAUGAGCUCAAGUCAUUCACAGAGUUACCUGCCGACCCUCCUUUCUCUCCCAGAUGCUAAUUCAAUCUAGUCUAUUCAGAGUUUAAUCCAGCGUAGGGGCCUUACUAAAUCUAAAUCUACCAUCCGCUUGUAUUGGAAUCCAAAAUAGAGAAUCCCACUAACACACGUACACAUGCACAGAAGGACUGUUCACUUUAACGUCCCUUUCCUAAAAAUACACACCCUGUUGAGUUGUUGGGGUUUCAGUGGUGUUAGGUUUAAAAAAAAUGGAAUAAAACAGAUGGCUGGGAGUUUUAUUUAGGCUUAUGUCCUGACACUUGGCAUGGCGAGAACAAAAAAAAAUCUAAAUAAAUGACUAAACAAGUCCAUGGACCAUUUUUUUUAAACGAGUCAAGAAACUGAAUAACUGCGAGGAUGUUUGAUGAGCACUGUGUUUUUUCUUUCUCUCACCACAACUGGAAGGAAAGGAGUUUUCGUUGGAUGAAUUCUUUCUUCGUACUGUUACCAAACCACUUUAAUCGGAAGUGUUGCAAUAGAAAAAAACAAAUAUCUUACUAGAUUAGUGUUUACAUAUUUACUUUUUUUUUGGUCAUCAGUUAUUUAAUAUUUAAAUCGAACUGUCAUC